AUGGCUUCCCACAACGCCUCUGCUGUCACCAUCGACGAGUAUGAACUUCCCAAAGGCGGCAAACGAGUCGCAACGCUGGUAUGUGCUGCGUUGAUGGCACUUUCAGCUCGACGAAAACUCAUCGAACCACGCUCAAUCCUUCACGAUCGAGUCCUAGCAAGGAGUGCCACAGCCGUCAAAUACUCCAAGCCCGUCCAAGAUGCCCUCUUUUAUUUCUUCUUCGGCCUCCAUGGGGCCGAGACCGUUUGGUUCGCUCUGACCAAGUUGAAGAAGCACAACGUUAAGCGUUUCAGCCCGGUGUGGUUCAAGUGGAUCGUCACCGUCUUUCUUGGAGGUGUCUUUGCCACCAAGCAUUGGGAUGAAGUGGUGGAGAAGAAAGAGAUCCAAGCCAUCAAAGAAAUUUAA